CCCCGGCCGUCGCGUGACGUCACGAAGCAGCCCGGAAGGGCCCACACGUGUGCUGAGGUUUGGGUUCUGGGUCCGGUCCCCGCUGUCACCAGUCAUGGGUCGCUCUCGCCGGACAGGCGCGCACCGAGCGCACUCCCUGGCCCGGCAGAUGAAGGCAAAGCGGCGGCGGCCGGACCUGGACGAGAUUCACCGCGAGUUGCGGUCCCAGAUUCCCGGACGACCCCGACCAGACCAGGGCACCGAGCCCGAUCCGGACCUGCCAGGGGGUGGUCUGCAUCGCUGUUUGGCCUGCUCGAGGUACUUCGUGGAUUCUGCCAACCUAAAGACACACUUACGAACCAAAGACCAUAAAAAAAGGCUUAAGCAACUAAGUGUGGAGCCCUACAGUCAGAAAGAGGCCGAGAGGGCAGCAGGUAUGGGCUCCUAUGUGCCUCCACACCGGCUGGCAGUGCCAACAGAAGUGUCUACUGAGAUCCCUGAGAUGGACACAUCUAGCUGACCUGCGUUGCAGAUGAGCUGCCCAUGGACAGUGCUGCAUGGGUUAAUCUGGGAGAGACUCUUUCAACUUCUUUAGCCCUGGGUUUGGGGAGUGGGUUGACUUCUGGAUGACCCUCCCUACUGCUACACACACACACACACAAUAAAAGAACUGGAUAAAGGGGGCUUGCCUCUGACUUGCUAA